AUGAACACGCGAUCACUGCAGUCAACGCAAAACCUGUCACAAAAGGCCGCGUUUCAAAUCAGUGGUGGCAUGACGCAUUCGCAACAACCCGCCGUCCCAGUGAUCAACCACAGAAGUGCAUAUUUGAACAACCUUUGGGACUCUUCACGUGGAUUGAAAGACCCGACAAGGCACCAUCGUGUCGCUCCUGGGGGGCAAACUUACCAAGCCGACCAGUACGCUGGAGUCCAGAUUCAUGCGGCUCGUGCUUCGGUCCAGGUCCAGCAACCGGCGCCCGAUUUUACGCAUGGAGCUUCCGUGCCGCAGGAAUACACAAUAAUCGGUCAGCAGGCUAAUGUAAGAUACGGCAACACCGAUUGUGGCAAUCUGGGUGAUCAACCCUGUGACUGUUGGGAACCAUGGAUGGGCAGUCAGGAAGAGGGUUGCCAGAUCUCGGUACCCAGACCAGAGAACGAAUCUGUGUUACAUACCCGAGGCCCAGGACGAUUUUCAGUAUCUAGCAUUCCCGACGGCAACAACAAGACGUGUCCGCAUUGUUCGAAACCAUUCCAGGGGUUUACGGACUUUCUUUUCCACAUGGUGGAGUCUCACCCUGAUGUAUCGCCCAAAGACACAAAUCUGUCAUGCACCCAAUCGUCUUGUACUCAUCUGCCUCCGUUUCGAAACAUGGAAGAACGCCUGAGUCACGAACGGGUCGCUCAUGGCAUGGGUUUCUAG